CUCCAGCUCCAGAGAGACAGCAGCAGGAGGAGUGGCACAGGUACACUGGAUAUUCUCACUAGGUGUGAAGAGGGAGGAGAUGAAGGGGAGAAACCUUGAGGGCAACAUAGCAACACAAACCUUAUAAAGGAGGCACACCCUCACCAGCGGCCUCAGCUCUCCUCCUGAACAGCAACAGCAGCAGCAGUAGCCAGCAGCAGCCAGCAGCCAUGCUCAGCCUCAUCAAAUUACCUCGAGUCUUCACCAUCAAUCAAGUGCCCAAAGUUUUCCAUGAGGACAGCAUAAUCUCUGGCUACCGACAUCCCCGCAGCUCCGCCACUGACUGCAUCCUGAGCCUCUUCCAGCUGACCAAUGAGACGCUCAACAUCUGGACUCACUUUUUGCCCACCUGGUACUUCCUAUGGAAAGUAGUGACGGUGGUGCUGAUGCAGACAGCAUGGCAGGACUCCUUCAUCUGGCCUCUUGUGAUCUUCCUGCUCACCUGCUGCAUUUAUCCGCUGGCGUCGAGCUGUGCUCACACCUUCAGCACCAUGUCGACGCGGGCACGCCACAUCUGCUUCUUCUUUGACUAUGGUGCCCUCAGUCUCUACAGCCUGGGUUCAGCAAUCGUCUAUUCAGCUUAUGUUUUCCCGGACAAGUGGGUGAACAGCUUCUUCCAUCAGUGCUACGUCCCCAUCGCUGUGCUCAACACUGUCAUCUGCACCGCCGUGGCCUGCUACUCCAGGCUUGGCUUACCAUUUCUGCAAUAUAAUUAUGACACCGUAAAAAGAUUCCCUGAGAGCCAGGCUCCAAAGUUCAGCAAAUUUCUCCGUGUUGUUGCCUUUGCCUAUCCAUACCUGUUUGACAACAUUCCUCUGUUCUACAGGGUGUUUCUGUGUGAAGGAGCGGGCUGUACAGACAAUCAUACCAACAUCCUCCACUACAACCACAUCGCCUUGGCUCUCCUCACAGGCUUUCUGUUUGCCACACAUUUACCUGAGCGCCUGGCACCUGGCAGCUUCGACUACAUAGGUCACAGCCAUCAACUCUUCCAUGUGUGCGGCAUCCUCGGCACUCACUUCCAGAUGAAGGCCAUGGAACAGGACAUGGUAACACGGCGCCUCUGGCUCCUUGAACACUCCAUACCCCUUAGCUUUGCCAACUCAGUGGGUGCAGCGCUGCUUUGUGUGGUGGUAAAUUUGACUAUCAUCAUCCUCUACAGUCUACCUCUCCUCUCUGCUCCAGUCCAUCAAGAAAAGAAACAUGAUAAAGGUCCAAGGAAAGCCUCAGCCAAGGUCUGCCCCUGCUACUAAACCUCCGGCUUCAAGUCACGGCUGAGAGAUUCCGGCUGGUUACGAGACAUACAGUAUGGACGUGAAAAGAGUGCAAUAUGGGUGAUUUUGAAGAACACAGCUAUGAGGAACUGACAUAAUCAUAACUUGCAGUCGGCAUUAAACUCAUGGUGGGAUACGGCCUUCAGACAACACUGGGAUUACUGCUAUUACGUGUAGGUAAACUGAAAACAAGGGUGUUAGUUGCACAAGCAUAUAAUGGAAAUAUAACAAAAUGGUUGCCAUAAUAUGUAAUUAAUCUAAAUGUUUCUGAGGAAACUGUUUCCUACAAAAAGCUACAAAUGUAGCAUGUUAGCUACAUUAUGAGUGCAGUGCUAUAAAUGUGUAUAAAAUACUUUGAUAUAUAUUUGAUA